AGUUUUAAUUAAAUUUAAUCAUCAAUUUUCACUAAACAUAAUUGGUUGUAGAUGAUAUUCGUAUGUAGCUGGUAAAAUAUGUAAGAAUUUAUUAAUAAUGCAAUCUUUUGGAAUAUGAAUGACUAUAUAAAAAACAAUGACUGUAUAUGUUGAGACAAGUUUGUAUAGAACGAAUAUUUCAGAUGUCAUGAAUCGUACUACUGAGCUUAUAUAUAUAUAUAUGUUAUCCAAUUUUAGAAUACAAAAAGGGAUCCAUUGCCGAAUUCAUAAGUAUGUCUCUCUAUUUAUAAAUGUGGUUCCUAUAUUUAGUCUCAGUCUCUCUGUCAAAAAUAUUAAAGUUAGUUAAAUGUAAUGGUCUAGUGACUUUUUGUAAGUAGAUAAGAAAAUAUUUUCGUUUUUUUUAAUAUUAUAGAUAUAUAGAUAAAAAGCGGAAAAAACAUGGGAAAAAUGAAUCUCUUUGUGGAUCAUCUGAGAAUUUGUCUCGAUAUCUACUGCUUACUGUCCGUAAAUGUGAAACCAUAUAGUUUUUCUACCUUCUUUGCGUUUAGUCUAGGAGUUGGACAGAUGACAGACAAUAGUCUAGCAAUACACAAUGAGGGACUUUUCCUUGGAACUUGCCCCACAAGGUGACAAUAAUUCCAUGACCGCGCCAGCAUAACACAAGACCAUUGUAAGGCCCAUGAUACCAAAUAACUGAUAACAGUUGCUACCAGCUGAGUUGUGUAUAUGAUUGUCAUUGUUACCAAACAUCCCUGUAAUGCGAGCAUCGUAACAGGAGUCCCCGUGAGUUCCUUUCUCAAGUCGUUUCGUAGCGAAGAGAAGGAGAAACCUUUAGAUCUGACAGUGACAUUCCGUAAUUUUUUAGUCUUUGUUUCGUAAAUAAAAUACAAAUCUUAUUUUUUUUUCUACAUUGUGUAUUUUUUUCUUUCUAUUAGUACACGGAUUAUCAAGUAUACAUAAUAUCGAUGGAAACUUUAUACAAUAAAAAACGUUGGAUUAAAACAAGAGAUUAGCGUUUUGGAGUAAAAAUAGGAGAGCUCGAGGUCCAAUGGUGCGAUGUGUUAGCUGUUCAACGGACCAUUAGUCUCCUAUUCCCCAACUUCCAUAAUCUCCCUCCUUCGCAUCUUCACCCUCCAUUUUCAACCUAUAUCCUUACGAUCUCGACACCUGACGUUUUUGUUGAUUCACACACGUAUGUCACAAUUCUCAAUUCUCAUAUUUUCACAAUUCCCAAUAUUUUCACAGUUCUCUAAAUAUUAGUCCCACGAAUGUAGCUUUUGAUGCAUUAAUACAAAGUCUUAAUAUUCUUUUAAACAUCUUUACUCAUCGAUUAUUCUCUGAAAAAUGUGUCCUCUGUUUCUCCCUUCUUCGUCUUCCUCCUCUGCUCUGUUUCUACUUCUUCUCCUCCUCCUCACUCUCCAAACCCUAACCUCCAUCACUCUCUCACAGCCCGAAGCUCUCCCUUCACUAGAAAAGUGCGGAAACUUCUCAAUCUCUUUCCCUUUCCACCUCUCUUCCUCCUCCUCCUCCUCCCCCGUUGCUUUUCGACUUACUUGCGCAAACUCAUCAACUCUGUUUCUCCACAUAAACCACCAAACCUACCGAGUCAUCGAGUUCUUCACAGACGGUCUCCUCGUAGACUUCCCUUCCUCUCCUUGUCGCCAAUUCAACGACUUACGCUCUUUCCCUUUCUCCACGAACCAAUUCUUCUCCAUCUCCUUCGAAAACGUUAUCAGUCUUUACGACUGUGAAGACUCCUCCCUCUGCAAAGCCGGUUGCGAAAGCAACGUUCUCUUCGGUUGCGACGGCAGAGAGGAAGAUGAAACCUCCGGUGGUGGGGAUAUAGGAUGUUGCUAUCCUUUGUCUGAUCACAGCGCGUGGCGUCCCGGUGAUGACUUCUCUGUUUUUGGUAAAUAUGGAUGCAGAGGAUUCUCUUCGUGGGUUGUUCCCAGAGGCACGAACAGAGGCAAACGAGGCGUUAAGUUAGAGUGGGCGAUUCCUAGAAACUCCUCAGAGGGUACUUGCGACCCUGAGGCUCGAACUGUUAAUGCUACGGCCAUUCAAGGAAGUGUUAGAUGUGUGUGCCGAGAUGGGUUUGCUGGCGACGGUUUCGUCCAUGGAAACGGUUGCUUGAGAUCUUGCUACAGAGACGGUAAUGAAGUAUAUGGAAACAAAUGCGAGAUCAAGAAACACAACGGGAAGAAACUAACCGUUUUAGCUGGAGUUUUAGCUCCUCUGUUCAUACUGGGCUCACUCUUAGCACUCUUCUGUCUCCUAAAACGUCCCGUAACAACAACUCACGAAGGCCAACACUUCGACCACUCUCCGACAACAACUACUACGAGUGUUUCGUUUCGCAAAGGUUACACCAAGACUCGUCUCUUCACAUACCGUGAGCUAGAAGAAGCAACAAAAGGGUUUCAAGAUUCACAAAAACUCACACAAGGCAAAACCGGAACUAUCUACUCAGGUAACCUAAAAAACGGAACACGUGUGCUCGUCCACAAGGUUCUCUGUGAAAACCAGAUUGAGUUCUUGGAGAUUUCGUCUCAGAUCGAUCAUCUAUCCGCGGUUUUGCAUAGAAACCUCGCGAGAAUCAUAGGUUUCUGUAUGGAUAUUGGAUAUAAUCCGGUCGUUGUUUACGAGUAUCCGGUUAACGGGUCGCUUGAGGAUCGGUUGCGUCUAGGCCUUGACUGGUGCAAGAGAGUUAACAUUGUAGCUGAAGUAGCUGGUUUACUUGCUCUGCUUCAAUACGAGAACUAUCCACCGAUCUUACACAACAACAUUGGUUCUGGUUACAUCUUCUUAGACGAAGACUUUCAAGCUAAGGUCACAGGUUUUGGAUUACAGAGGAAACAGAGGACGGAUAGUUGUAUGUACGAUGUCGCGGUUUUGCUUCUGGAGAUAGUGACUGGAUCGAAACAGAGAGAAGAGAACGUGACUCAAGCGUUGCAAAGGAUUAGAUGCGGUAAGCUUGAAGAGAUCGUGGAUCCUUCUUUGUAUUUUCAUGAGCAGCCAGUGGUUUAUAGAGAGCAGAUUGGUUUAGUUGCUGAUAUUGCGACUCGGUGCGUUUUGUUUGGUGGUGAUGGGAAGUUUGGGAUGGUUGAUGCGGCUAGAGAGCUGUUGCAGAUCGCUGAAAAUAACGGUGGAGGCGGUUGUGAUAAGAAAGGAGAUGGAAUUGAGGAAACGUUUUCCAAUUCGAGUUUGCUUCAGAUGAUUUCUAUGUCUCCUGAUUCAAUCUAUCUCCCUAAGACUUGAGGAAAGAAAACAGAGGUCAUUAAGGGUUUUUAUUUUUUGUUUUGUUUUGAAUGUAUGAAACGUAAACAUGCACGGUACGCUUUACUUGGGAGUAAAGAAACGUUUUUCUAAUUAAUAGAUCGUGACUGCGAUUGGUAGUCAUGAUUAUAACAACGUGCGUGCAUGCAACGAGAAAGAAGAAUAAAUAAAGAAGGUAAAAAAUUACCCAUAUGUGAAUCGAAAGUAAGAUUGUACUAAAAUCUAUUUUUCUCUUGUUACUACUCUCCUAAAACUUAAAAGAAGAAAAAAUCCUAACUAAAGGAAAAAAAGAGAUCUUAAGGAAAGAUCUCUGUACAUUUCACUACAGAACAGUGAACAUAUAAAGGAUUAUUGGCAAAUAGUGUGUGGUGUGGAUCCAAAUGAGAAAGCGACUAAACGUGAGUAGCACAUAUAUAGAUAGAGAAUGGGCUUUCCAUUUAUCAUCUAUAUCGUAUUUAUUUGGGCCUCACUUUUUCUUACAAGGACCACACUGUAGUCCCCUCCAUUUCCUCUCUUAAAAUGCAAUCAAAUAAAUGACGAACUUAAUUUGUAAAAUUUGGUCCGAUAUGCGUACUUGUGUAUAUAUGUAAGUUUAUCCAAAAUAUAUAAAAAUAGAAAUGCAGAAAUAGGUGCAUAUAUACAGUUAUUUAUCAAGAUUUAAGUGUGCGAACAGUAAAUAUGAUGAAUGAAUAAAUGUGUAUAUAGGUGCAUAUAUACAGUUAUUUAUCAGCAGCUACUGGUCUUUAUUUAUCCACAGAGUCAAUACACUAAUAUUAUAAUAUACGAAAGUUUAAUGAUAAUAUAUAAGAGUUUAAAACAUAUAAAAUCAUAUUUUGCAAAGAGAGCAUCCAAAUUCAAUAUAUAUAUGUGCAAUGCUUUUGGCCUACAGAGUUGAGACAGCCUGAGCGGGUUGAUCCCUUUGUAUCCAUCCUUCCAUACAAACCGACCCCACCUUAUAUAUUUGCAUUUAUACUUCAUCUUCUUUUUUUUCUGGUAAAAUAUACUUCUUCUUUAACAAAUCUAACAAUUUUUAACUAUCACUAUAUAUAGUUUCUUUGCUUUUAGUUAUUUGAUGUAAAUACUUAGAGCAUCUGGGAAUGGAUAUGCUUAUAGAAUAUUUAACUAUUAGAAAAAGAAUAAAUAAAAGAGGAUAAAUAAGAGAAUAAAAGUUCUCAACUGAGAUGAUUUUAGAUACUAGUAUUGCCACUUGUUUGUUUCUAAAUAGUUUAGUGUUUUGAAAAAUAUUAAAACAUAAUCCAACAAUUCAAUCAUGUUAAAUAGAGAUAUUUUGUAUUUAAGAAAUUUCACUUGACACUCUCUACGGAGAAGGAUGUUCUUAGGCCACAUACUUAUACAAUUAUACUUAGUCCUACUCUUAUACUUGUAUAUUAUAUAUAUAUAUAUAUUUUUUUUUUUAACAAGCUUAUUGAUCAUUAACUUAAUCAAUAACCUCAUUUAAGUUCUUUUGUCUUCUCUAAGUGACACCAUUAACCUUAAAUAAUACUUCCUCCCUAUUUUUUUACAUUUAGACUCUUUUUCUUAUCUCAUUAUAUUUGACGUAUUUAAAAAACUAUGCACAAUAUGAUAAGAUAUGACUUUAUUUACUACACUAAUGUUAUUUAUUUCUAGUCAACAAACUUGAGUUUUAAUGUGGAAUAAUGUGUUACUAGAGAUGAUGGUCAAUUGAAGAUAAAGGAUAGAAAUGACUUUGUAGCAAGUACCUUAAUUUAUGUGAAAAUUAUAGACAGUCAUGUAAAAAAAUACGGAGGGAGUAAUAAAAAUAAAUGUAACUAUGAAGUUAUGAACAUAAAGAGAAGUUUAAUUGUGAUAAAGUAACAAUACUACAUAUAUAUUUGUCAAUGAACAGUAUGUAAAACUGGGUAAAAAUAACAUCCACAAUUACAUACCUUAUGUUUAACAAUUUUUUUUCCUUUUUGCACAUGGACUUCUCAAGAUGCAUACUUAGAAGACAUUAUAUUUUCCUUUAAAGAGAAGGUUGGCUAGAGAGAGAUGGAGAGAGUCCUAGACUCUGGGCUCAUUUUGACAACUGGAGCGUGCUGUUGCCAUUAUCACAUCAUCGAUUUUCCUUUUUUUAAUUUAAGUAAAGCAAAAAUAAAAUCUUUAAAAAAUUGGACGGCCUUCUACUUCAUCACUACCUCUUCGAUGGCGACCGAUCUUAUAUGUAUUAUUAUCAUACCUUUUUACAGUCAAUAAUGGUCGAUCUAAUUGGAUUAACACGAGUGACUUUACGGAGAUCGCGUCGGUCCAAAAAACCUACAGCUAAUUUAUUAUAAACAAUUUCUCUAUAAAAUGACCCGGUUUAGGACAAGCAUCCCGGUUCUUUUGUUCAAAAAGAACCAUUGAAAAGAAAAUUUAUUUAUAAAAACUGAGAAACCCUAAUUUUUUAAAAGUCUACGUUUUCCUGUCUUACCCCAUAUCCUCCUCAUUAGAUCGAGCAGAAGCCAGGCAUGCCAUACCUUGAUAAAACUGUCUAUAGUCAUAUGAAAUUUUGAUCAGUAACAUAACUAUACAUGGAAGUGAACUGUGAACGUGUAGAUUGGACACUACUCUAGGUUGCGGAGAGAUAUGUAUAUAUUGUUUUCGGGUUAAUAGCUAGUUUCAGAAGAAAAAACUUUUCAGAGGAUUGUUUUGGCUUUGAGAUCAUUUACAAUCAAUGAAGAUAUAUGUAUAGUGUCUGGCCAAAGCAUUUGAAAUGGGAGGAGUGCUUCAGGUGAUGGACAAAUUAGAAAAAGAGAAUGCCAGAAAGCAUUUAUUUUAACAAGAAAGGCUUAAUAAGUGUGCGAGUCUGGAAUUUUCGGUAUAUAAGUGGUCCUUACCCUAAACCCCAUCUUUGCUUUCUAUCAUUAUCAUAUGCUUCAUAUAUAUGUACAACCUACUCUCCAUCAUUAUCAUAAGCUAAUAUGGUACAUUAAGCAACUAGUAUAAAGUGGGUUUGCUAAAUCAUAUAGUUUAAUCCCACAAAACAACGACUAGCAAACUACUUCACUCGUUUUGUGUGUGUGUGUGUGUGUCAAUAUGAACAUAGUGUGAAAUAUACACUGAUGAGUACAAAUUUGGAAUAUUAUAGACCAUGUUGUUUCCUCUUAAUCUCGUGAUAUUUAUUGUACUAGGUUCGUAUGCGCAUGGGGAAAUAAUCAUUUUGUUGUUACUUAUUAAUACAUUCUUUACUAAUUCAAAAAUAUAAUGAUAAAUUAUUAUUUAUACACUACAUUGCCCUUCAUUGUUAACAUAUAAAUCUCAAAAAUCACUCUAUAUUUUUUUCAAUUCUAAUAAAUCAAGAAUUUCACUUGAUUAAUAUUUAGUUAUGUUUUUUCUGUUUUUGAAUUAAUAAUUUUUUUGUUAAAAGAUAUUUUCAGAUAAAUACACAUUAUAUAUAUAUAUAUAUGAAUUAUCUUCUUUUUAAAAAAAUAUAUAUAUAUACUUUCAGAUUUUGGAGAAUUAUUAUUAUUAAUAAUUUUAUCAAUUAUCUAAUCAAAAUAAUUUAAAUUCAUUUUUUUGUAGGUAAUUUAUAUAUUUAAUUUAUUAAGAACAAUAACGACUUUAACUAAUCUUAUUUUAUUUCUUUGUAGAAGAGGUGUAGAGAUAGAGAGAGUAAUAUGUAAACGUUGACAAAAAUAUAGGUAAAAAGGAUAAGAAAAAGAAUUGUGUUCAUUUAUAUAAAGAAAGAUUUAAUCAUAUUGCCUUUUAUUGUGCUUCGCUACUUUUGCAAAUCUUGAAACUUUAAUUAGUUUGUUACACAUAUUUAUUUUGCUGAUAUUCUGCAGCCUAUCACAUUUCAAUAAAUUAUAUUUAUAUAUUAGGUGGUCAUAUUAUGAGAUGCGCAUUAAAGAAAACACAACACAUUUUAUGUAGAAAGUUAUAAAAAAUGAUAAGCCAUGCAAACUCCCUUUGUUUAGGAAAGAACGAUUUUCUAAAAUAUUCAACCAUAUUAAAAAUAUAACAAAUGUUUACAAUUAAAUUUCUUAUUUACUUUUACUAUACAAUUUUUAAUAACUAUAGCCACUAGUAUUUAAUCAAUUCAAAUAUUCUCACAUAAUGUUUCUUAAAAGCAUACUAGAGCACUUUUAAAAUAUAUAAAAUCUAUCUUUGCAAAACAAAAAUAAAAUUUAGAAAAUCUUAUUUUGGAAAUGGAAUGAGUACACAUAUAUAUUAUAUAUUA